GACAGACAUAAAGCUAGGAGCAGAAAAUUGCGAAAUCCUUUUCGCAAUUCUUGCGCGAUCGAUAACCAGUGUCAGGCAGUCAGCUGUUCCAGUUGUGCUUUUCGUUUUUAGGUUGGGAGAGAAAGCGCGAGAAAUGGCUGCGGGUUGUUGUGGUACCAAGAAGCAGAAGCUGAACAAUUCGUCCACGGUGCCCACUACUAAUGGUACCACCUCAGCCCCUAGCUACGGCCUGAUCAGCGCCAACGGCACAGGAAUGGUCGCGUUGCCCGAAAUGUGUUUCUUUUGUUUCGACGUGCUCUACUGCCAAUUGUACAAUUUGGCACCCCCAAAAACGCCACCCUUCAGCAACGACGCUUAUCCCCUGUUUGUAACAUGGAAAAUAGGCAAAGAUAAGAGACUGCGAGGGUGUAUAGGAACAUUUAACGCUAUGAACCUCCAGUCAGGGCUGCGAGAGUACGCUAUAACCAGUGCUUUUAAAGACUCGCGAUUCAGCCCAAUUACUAGGGACGAAUUUUCGAAAUUAAGUGUCUCCGUGUCGAUUUUAAGACAUUUUGAGGACGGAGACGACUAUAUGGACUGGGAAGUGGGCACUCAUGGAAUUCGAAUCGAAUUUGUUAAUGAAAAAGGGAAUAAACGUACAGCUACAUACCUUCCAGAGGUUGCUUCGGAACAAGGGUGGGAUAGACUUCAAACUAUUGACUCACUCCUAAGAAAAGGAGGUUUUAAGUCGAUAAUAUCCCACGACGUGCGUAGGACCAUUAAACUGACACGGUAUCAGAGUGAAAAGAUUACGGUAAGCUACCAGGACUACAUGAACCACUGGAACAGCCAGCGCUGCUAGCAGCUAGUGUGGGGGCGCCCCGCUACGGUCUUCGCGCCCCCACCACCUCCAUACUCUCACGUCGGUAGGCACCCCCCUCCGCAUUACCGCAGCGCUCUGACCUUGGCCGCCCUUUCAGUCGCCGCCGCCCGCGUACUCCACCAGCGCCGCCCCUCCCACCUUCGUCGUCGUCCAGCCCUCGUCGCCCAUGCCACCGCCCUUCGGCCGGUACGUCUUGCCCGCGCCCAUGACGCUCUGGUGGCACGAGCAGUACGCCGCGGGCGCCGGCGCGCUAGGCCACGCCUCGCAGUCACGUGACCUCGAGUCGCCGUACAGGGAGGGCGGAGCCACGCUGCCGCCGCCCCUCUAUCCGAAACACAAGUGACCCCUGCGGUGCCUGAUGCGGUUGUGCUACUGUUCCAAGUUAUAGCGCACGUAUUUCGUCGGAUACCAGUCGAUAUAGAGCGUAGUAGAUACACCUAGGUCAUAUAUAAACGUUCGUGUAAAGUUUUUGAUAUUAUAAACUACAAUUAUCUCUAUUUUUAUUUUUUUAAACGUGUGAAAUUUCAAAAUAUAAUAGUAUAUCGUUUUAACAGGAGUAAAAAUGAUACUUCUUCUGGCGAGGCUAUACAUUUUUACUCCGAAUAGAACAUGCUAUUUUUUUCAAACGUUCACAAAUAAUUUUUUAGACCAUUUCAAACGUCCCAAAUAAUAUAAAAAGUAAUACCUUUUAAGUAAUUAAUUUCCCAGAAUAAACAUUGGGUACACUCGUUGAAUUUGACACUUAAUGUGAGUUUAAUAAUAUAUUUUUGUACUUUUGCGCUUAGGCGUUAAAAUGACUCUUAUAUUGUCAAUCACGUUGAAAAAAUGAAUACUUUUGUAGAAUUUGAAAAAAAAACAAUAUAAUAGUUAUAUUCACUGUUGCCAACUCAGUAGAAAUCCCACAAAAUCUAGUAGGCUUCCCAGAAGCCUAGGAAGGAAAUUUUAUCGUUACUAGGUCAGUAGGAUUAUUGGUAGGUUAUGUUUUGCAAUAAUUUCAAGAAAUAAAACACCAUUUAGCAGACUCAAAAUUAUUAAAACAGAUAGGUACAUUGUGAACACCCAAAAUUUGAUUAAACUAAUGCCAUCGUUGAACUAUAGGUAUUCCCAAUAUCACAAGGGGGAUCCCAUCGUCUGGGAUUUACACAACGUAUUUCGCACCCUUCAUUCCGCAUAUACCGUAUGAUCGAAAAUAAAAACGGCGUCAGUCAUUUUAUAUGUAAAAUUAUAUGGGAAAUGUCAUCGAUCGUCAUUUCCGAACUAACUGGAUGCCGAUUUUUUUUCGAUCAUACGGUAUAUGCCAUCAUAAUCAAGCUGAGAUGAAAGCAUAGUUAACAGCCAGCAGGAAAACUAUGUUUUCCAUUUUUUUUUAUUUAAUAAAAUUGAACUUUUGAAAUUUUGGGAAAAUUUUGAAGAUUUGGUAGGAUUCUAGUAGGAUUAUGGCUCUGAUUUAGGACGAUUAGCGAAGAGUUGGCAACACUGACAUGUUACUAACGAUUUUGAAGUAGUUCUUACACACGACGUAAUAUAUAUGAUCUAGAAAAUUAAUUAAAAUGGGUUUGAUAUCAGAAAAUGUCGCACAAAAAUAUUUAAUAAAGUUACGUGUUGCAAUACAUACGCUUGAUCAGUGGCGUACCAUUUUAACUUGUUAUUUUUUACAUUGAUACUGUCUGUUUUUGAAGCUUCUUUUCAAAGAUUCAUAAAAACAUCCUUCUAAACCAAGUCCAGACACAAUGUUUUUACAGAUUUAUACACUUUUUUUGAGUAAAAUAAACAAUAAAAAAAACCUAUAUAGUUUAAAAUAUUGUUAAUACUUGUGUGACAUUUUUUGUAUAAACUCCCACCUCUUACAAAACUAUGACAGGAACCGUAGCUAAACCACGUGAGGCACAAGAAGAAAGAAAAAAAAAACACCGAAAACGACCUCUACAAUACACAGAGACAUAGACUAAAAAUGGAAGGCAAAAAAAAUGGAGAAUCAUGAUGAGCUCACGAAGAAACCAUGUGCCUAGACAGCUACGCACAGACUUUAGUAGUUUGUUUAAAUGUCGUGUCAUACUUCUAGCGCCAUCUGUGAUACGGUAGGAACAUUCAAGACACCGUUUUUACCACAAAAAAAAAAA